CUGGGGGCUGGAAGGUGAUCAACUCUCUUGCUCUUAGCCCAGGAUGCCUUUCCACUUGACUCUGGCCUUCCCCUGGGUUGGCUGGCUACUGCGCUCUGGGGGAUCUUAUUAGGAUAGGGACUCCCCCUCAUUCCUUAUCUUGGAGGGCCAAAGUCUGUCUCUGUAGAUAAGGGGAAAGGGCUAUGCUCAGCGCUCACGUCAUGAAUCUCUUGGGAGGACAUUUGGUCCCCUGCAAAAAUCUGAUUGGAAUUGGGCGUAGAAAGAAACAAUGGAUUCUUUUCCUAAUUUAUCUGCAGAGAACUCAACUAUUGUAGUCAAUAUGACCAAUAAUUUGUCUACAGCAGUAACAUAUGGAUUAAAUUCCACUAAUGACUCACCUUCAAUGUCAAUAACAAGGCUUUUCCCAGCUUUACUAGAAUGCUUUGGCAUCGUACUUUGUGGCUAUAUAGCAGGAAGGGCUAAUGUUAUAACAUCAACCCAGGCCAAAGGACUGGGAAAUUUUGUCUCCAGAUUUGCACUUCCAGCUUUAUUAUUCAAAAACAUGGUUGUACUUAAUUUUUCCAAUGUGGAUUGGGCUUUUUUAUAUAGUAUCUUAAUUGGCAAAGCAUCUGUAUUUUUUAUUGUAUGUAUAUUAACCUUAUUGGUUGCCAGCCCUGAGAAUCGAUUUAGCAAAGCUGGACUAUUCCCUAUUUUCGCUACACAAAGCAAUGACUUUGCAUUGGGAUACCCUAUAGUUGAAGCUUUGUAUCAAACUACAUACCCGGAAUAUCUUCAAUACAUUUAUUUGGUGGCACCAAUAUCUCUUAUGAUGCUAAACCCUAUAGGGUUUAUCUUCUGUGAAAUCCAGAAAUCUAAAGAAAGUCAAAACACUUCACAAAACAAAGUAAAAAUUGUGGGACUUGGAUUUCUACGUGUGUUACAGAACCCAAUAGUAUUUAUGGUCUUCAUUGGCAUUGCCUUCAAUUUUAUUCUUGAUAAAAAGGUGCCUGUCUAUAUGGAAAACUUUCUUGAUGGACUUGCAAAUUCUUUUUCUGGAUCAGCCCUAUUUUAUCUUGGUCUUACAAUGGUAGGAAAAUUAAGGAGACUGAAGAAAUCAGCAUUUGUUGUACUAACUCUUCUCAUCACAGCUAAACUCCUGGUGCUGCCACUUCUGUGCAGAGAAAUGGUGGAACUCUUGGACAAGGGUGACAGUGUAGUGAACCACACAAGUUUAUCGAAUUAUGCAUUUUUGUAUGGGGUCUUCCCUGUAGCACCAGGAGUGGCUAUCUUUGCAACACAGUUCAACAUGGAAAUAGAGAUUAUAACUUCAGGGAUGGUAAUAAGCACAUUGGUGUCUGCUCCAAUAAUGUAUGUUUCUGCUUGGUUACUGACCUUUCCCACUAUGGACCCUAAGCCACUGGCAUAUGCCAUCCAGAAUGUUAGUUUUGAUAUAAGUAUUAUCAGCCUGGUCUCCUUGAUCUGGUCUCUGGCUAUUCUACUAUUGAGUAAGAAAUAUAAACAGCUUCCUCAUAUGCUUACUACUAAUUUACUCAUUGCUCAGUCUAUUGUCUGUGCUGGAAUGAUGAUAUGGAAUUUUGUUAAGGAAAAAAAUUUUGUUGGACAAAUUUUGGUAUUUGUUCUACUCUACAGCUCCCUGUAUAGCACCUACCUAUGGACAGGCCUUCUGGCAGUUUCUUUGUUUCUUUUGAAAAAACGAGAGAGUAUUGAAAUUCCUGUUGGAAUCAUCAUAAUAUCUGGCUGGGGAAUUCCUGCUCUCCUUGUUGGUGUGCUUUUGAUAACUGGGAAACACAAUGGAGAUAGCAUUGACUCAGCCUUCUUUUAUGGAAAAGAACAGAUGAUCACCACAGCAGUCACCCUCUUCUGCAGCAUCCUAAUAGCAGGCGUGUCACUCAUGUGCAUGAACCGGACCACUCAAGCAGGACACUAUGAAGGUUUUGGCCAGCCACAGAGCCACAAACCAGCGGAGCCUGGAAACACGGCUUUUGAGGAGAGUCCGGCACCAACAAAUGAACCAGAACUUUUCACAAGUUCUAUCCCUGAAACAAGUUGCUGCUCCUGCUCUAUGGGAAAUGGUGAAUUACACUGUCCAUCCACAGAGCCAGUAGCAAACACAAGCACCAGUGGGACUGUGACUCCUUCAUUUGAGAAAAAUGAUCACUGUGUGAGCCGCUGUAACUCCCAGAGCUGCAUAUUAGCCCAAGAGGAAGAGCAGUAUCUGCAAAGCGGGGACCAGCAACUGACAAGACAUGUCUUGCUGUGUCUACUUCUCAUUAUUGGCUUGUUUGCUAAUCUUUCCAGUUGUUUAUGGUGGCUAUUCAACCAAGAGCCCGGAAAACUGUAUGUUGAGUUGCAGUUUUUUUGUGCCGUGUUUAACUUUGGCCAGGGAUUUAUUUCCUUUGGAAUCUUUGGAUUGGACAAGCAUUUAAUCAUCCUACCUUUCAAAAGAAGGCUUGAAUUCCUCUGGAAUAAUAAAGAAACUGCAGAAAACAGAGAAUCUCCUGUUUCUGAGGAAAUAAAAAUGACCUGUCAACAAUUUAUUCAUUAUCAUCGUGACCUUUGUAUUCGAAACAUUGUCAAGAAAAGAAGGUGUGGUGCUAAGACUUCUGCUGGGACCUUCUGCGGAUGUGACCUGGUGAACUGGCUCAUUGAAGUUGGCCUUGCCUCUGACCGUGGUGAAGCUGUGAUAUAUGGAGACAGACUGGUACAAGGGGGUGUCAUCCAACAUAUUACUAAUGACUAUGAAUUUCGGGAUGAGUACUUGUUUUACAGAUUUCUUCAAAAGAGUCCUGAACAAAGUCCUCCUGCUACUCAUGCAAACACCCCUCACCAGGAAAGCUAUAAAGUAACUGAGCAUUCAUCCCCAUCCUCACUUUCCCCUAAGACAUAAAUUAUGAAGCAGGGAACCCCACAAGAACAAUCAUGUCUAUCAUUUUUGGCUGUGUGACCUUGGGCAAGUUCCAGCCUCUCUGAGCCUCAGUUGCCUCUUCUGUAAAAUCUGGUAAGAUACAUUCCUACCCCAAACUGAUAUCAUGUGAGUUUAUGUGUAUAUAAAACUGGCUUAAGGAAAAGGGAAAACCAAAUCAACAGUUCAGAUUUUGAUAAUGAAUAAUUACUAGAAUACUAAUAUGCCAACAUUUAAAGUAAUUGUUCCUGUAACUGCUAUGAUUUAAAAACCAACAUUGACUAUCCUUUAAACUGUCAAAUUCAUGAAAUUUACUGUUAGACAAAUGCACUUUAAAUUAUAUCAGUUUACACUUAUUGAUAGCAUUCCACAAAAUAAUUUUAAUAAUUCUAAAUUUUAAUAAAUCUAAAAGGCCCUUAUUCUUUUAAUGUUUUUCCAUUUCUUUGACAAAUAUUGUUCAUUUACAAACUAAAGGUACUAUUUAUUAAGGUUGGUAUUUCUUGCAUUUCUAUGCCAUUAGGAAAGGAAUAUGAUGGAUGUGAGGGCGAUGGGACUGUGACAUCUGGCUCCCCACUGAUCACCUGGCUGGCCAGGCCUGGUAGGCUACGUGGGUGUCCCCUUCUUCCCGUACCACCCCAUGUGUGUCUCUCCUGAAGCCGUGCAUUUGGUCAAAGAGAUUAGCCUUAUCCAAGACAGGGAGAUGUUCCUCAGUCUGGAGUGUACUAGUGGCUGCAUGACCCUGCUAGAACCGACAAACAAGCUUUCAAAGAAGGGAGUAACAACCUCAGAGACCUUUAUCAUCUCCCCAAUCCUUCAACUAAAGUACAGACUGAUCUUUUUUACUACAAGUAAUUUGAGCGUAUUCAUUUAAGUGUUAUUAAAUUAUUUCUAUUUAAUAUUUUAUCUCUGGACUCUGCAAAAUAGUACCAUGCAGAAUAACUCUAGCAGUAAUUUGUUCCCUGCAGUGAAAAAAGGAAAAAUUUGUAAAAAAGGGGAAAAACAAACUAUACAUACAUGUGUGAAGACCAGAUUUUAAAUUCUAAACCUACCAUUCUACCACUGUUUAGAAUUCAGUCUUUUUAAAGUGCCUAUGUAACUAACUGGGACAUUAGCAGGUCACACUUAACAGUCUAGUUAUUUCAGGAGUCUGAAAUCUGGAGAAUCAUGAAGCUAGCCGAGGCAUAAAAGUUUGCUAGACUCCAUCUCUAACAUAACUAGCAAAAAGCAGGGCUGGAAAUGUAGCUCAAGUGGCCUAGAAAGGGUAAGACCCCAGAUCAAACCCUAGUAUCACUGAAAACUUUUUAAAAAGUGUCCAUGUAUAAAACUUAAAAAUUACUAAUUGUUGCUAUUCUAGUCCAUUAAGACUGAUAAAACAAAAUGGCAUAAGCUAGAUGGCUUAUAAGCAACAGAAAACUAGCUCUGUAAAACAUCAGAUUCAGUGUUUGUUGAGGGCCUUGUUCCCAAUUCACAGAUGGUAUCUUCCUGUCUUUCUGGUAAACAAAUAGUGUCUCACAUGGUGAAAGGGAAGAACUCUGGUCUCUUUGGCCCUUUAAAAAGGCACUAAACCCACGCUUGUGGACUCUACCCUUGUGACCUAAUCACCUCCUCAUGCCAUCACAUUGUGAAUUUGUGGGGAGACAGAAACAUUCAGACCAUAAUAAUCUCAGAUAACCUUUAACUUCAAAAAAUUACAAAGUAAUCCAUUUACAUGAACUUUGAACAUCAACUUAAUUAUUAGGUUUCAGUGCUGGUUUAACUUAUUUAAAACAUGUUCAAAUAGUUAUCUCAUAUUUUUAGUUUCAUAUAUUAAAAAAGCCAUUUAGAAAAUUAUAGGGUUAGUGCCAUUUUUUUUAAAAAAAAGAACCUGCAUGGAAGUUGAGUGUAUUUAACGAGGAAUUUAUUCUUUAGUGUACUAUUAACAUUAACAUACACGGAUUUUAUGUUAUGAUUAGGAAAUGGGGAUGUGUUAAGCAGAACAGUCUUGCUGUGAAACCUUUUAAAAACAUAUGACAUUAUGACUAUGAAUGCUCAGGAGUAAGCAUAACACCUCACUGUUUUACCAGGAGAUUUUUGUAGUUGAAUAGAGAACUUGCAUGCAUGCAGGCAACUCAUGCUCAAGUGGUGAAUUUGUGUGAACAAAUCAUACACAGUACAUUCUGCAAUUUGCACAAAUGGACUUCUAAAUGGACUAAAGAAAACCCUGGAUCAGAAUGAUAUAAUUUGCAGUUUCAGAUAAUAAAGAAAUGUUUUUAGAAUUAAUGAUAUAUUAAUUUUAUUAAAUGAAAAUAUUUGUAAUUGUAACUUUCUCACUGACAAAGCACGUUUCUCAAUAAAGUUAUCUAUUUUAACUUGAAUUGUU